UCCUUUUGGUCCCUUUGGAUUCCUCUUUUUAUAUUAAGCAUAUAAACCUUAUUCAGAAACAAGGGAAGAGGAUUAAGAGAGAGCAAGAGAUGGCAGAUGAGAAGACGAGUACAAUAAGAGGUUGUAUCAAGAGUAGUAGAGGGCCUUGGAUAGUUCACAGAACUACCAAAGAUGGUAUUGUUACCAAAUAUCGGUUUCCUUCGGAUAGAGAGCGCCAAAACAACAAGCAAAGGGAGCGCAGACGGCGAGCAGUGGCUCGGAAGAUCUUUGCAGGGCUUAGACAGCAAGGAAACUACAAGCUUCCUAAACAUGCUGACACCAAUGACCUGCUCAAGGCUCUUUGUGAGGAAGCAGGUUGGCAUGUUGAAGAAGAUGGCACCAUUUAUAGGAAUAAGGAGCUCAAAUCCAGCUUGAUCAAAGCGAGUUCCUACGAUGCUCAAAAGGCUUAGUUCUGCCACUAAAUAAAUGUUGGUGCAGUCGACUACACGCAGAUAAAGCUACUUGGAAAUGCUAAGCUGCUGCACCAUUUCAGUUUUUUUCUGUUCAUCCUUGGGGACAUGGAUAAUCUUCAUGGGGAGCGUAUUUUUAGGAACUUGUAGUGACUUAAUUGGGAAGAUGUAAUCUCUCAUAGAUUCUAGCAUUUGAGCUGAGGGAGACGUAUAACAAUAAUUCUGUAUCAGGAGAGAUGUGAGCAAUUUACAAAUUUAAUAGCUAUUCUCUCAA